AGUAGGUCGUCGCGUGCCCGGCCUGGAGCUCCGGCCGGUCGAGAGGCGCAGUGAGUCGAGUGAAGCUCCCGCUGGUGGACCCCAGGGACCUCCGAUAGACUGAACCUGACGGCCGAGGCGGUUAUUUCAUGGCACAAACAGCGGAGUUGGAAACUCAGCGGAGGAGUGGAACACCGAGGGGCAGUUCGGCACCCACCAAGCUAUCGGCGAGCUGCGCGGGCGUCCUGCAGCGGCGUGUGACUGGUGCCUGCCGGCGGGAUGGGGGCGCGGCGCCGGCUCUGCUGCUGCGCCCUGCUGCUGGCCGUGCUGGCCGGCCAGCUGCUGCUGAUGGCGCGGCUGCGCGGACACCGGGCGCCCGACGACCACACGGCCGCCUCUCUGGGUCGACUACACGGCGGCCUUCGGCAGCUGGUGAGCGCGCCAGAGUCGUCUCCAAGCAGCGAUACUGCGCCAGGGUCGGCGCCAAGUGGCGAUACUGCGCCAGAGUCGUCUCCAAGUAGCGAUACUGCGCUAGAUUCGUCUCCGAGCAGUAAUACUGCGCCAGAUUCGGCGCCAAGUGGCGUUCACAACUCCACGCCCGAGUCGGCGUUAAGCACCAGCGAAAGCUCAAUAUUUGAGCCGAUAUCCAGUGCUGGUGUGAGCUCAGCGCCCGAGUUGGUGCCAGACAGUGAUGAAAACUCAGCACCGGAGUCGGUGUCGAACCGAGACCAGAACUCGGCGCCAAUGUCGGCGUCAAACUCUGACCAGAACCCAGUGUCAGGUAACAACCAGGCUCCAAACGCGGCGUCCAAAUCGACGCCCAGUGACGGCCGAGCGCCCAAAUCGGUGCAAGGUGACACUCCUGCACGGAAGGUCGCGCCGGUGUCGCCCCCGGUCGCCGCGGCGCCCCUCGCCAGCGCCUCUCCGACGGAGGUCCUGGACGGGAGUCCGCCGCACCUCAUCAUCAUCCUGUCUUCAUCGCCUCGCAGCGGCUCUUCUUUGCUCGGUGAGAUCCUCAGCACCUCGCCCAACACGGCCUAUUUCUUCGAGCCGUUCUACUACCACGUGAAGAACAACAUCUCGGUGUCCCGGCUGCCGGCGGAGGAGGUGCAGCAGACGCUGCGCCAGCUGCUGACCUGCCAGCUGAAUCGGACGGCCGUGCUGCGCGAGGCCAAGUACCGCCGCUUCAUCUGGCGGCCGCCAGUGAAGCUGCGCGGCGCCACGCCCAGUGCCGACACCCUCGGCCGGCGCUGCGCCGCCGCCAGCACGCGCGUGGUGAAGCUGGUGCGGCCGCGGCUGCGGCAGCUGCUGCCGCUGCUGCAGGACGCCGAGCUGGGGCCGCACCUGCGGCUGGUGCACCUGGUGCGCGACCCGCGCGGCACGCUCAACUCGCAGCUGCACGCCACCACCGUCUGGAACCGGCUCGGCGAGAAGCUGACCACCUACUGCGACGGCGUGCGCGCGGACCUGGCGGCGGCGCGGCCGCUGCACGACGCGCGCUACCAGCGCGUCCACUACGAGCAGCUGGCGCUGCGGCCCGAACAGGUGGCCGUGCAGCUGUACCGCGGCAUGCAGCUGCCGCAGCCGCCCAUGCUGCACGCCUACUUUCAGCGGCACAUGAACAGCAGCGGUCCGCCGCCGCCGCCUCGGCCGUUGGUGGUGCGCUCCCGCAGCUCGGGGAAGGCCGGCUGGCGCGGCCCGCAGCCGCCGGCCGACCGGCGCGCUGAGCUGGCCUCCCGACACACCGUCCUGAGCCGCGGGAAGCGGGCCGUCCCGGCCAAACGACCGCCGAAACAGCAGCCGGCACGGCCGAAGGAGCAGCAGCUGCAGAAACAGCUGCGGCAGCGGAAACAGCAGCUGCUGCAGCUGCGGAGGAGCCACGACCGCGAACAGAAGCAGCAGUAUUUCAGCACGUACCGCGGACCCGACUUCGACCCGUACCAUUGGCGAAAGGAGCUGAAACCGGAGUUGAUCCACGAGCUGGAGCAUUACUGCGCCGACGUGAUAGCGGAGCUCGAGACGGAAGCGACAGCGUCACCGGAGCGGGACGCGGCCGGGCCCGCUCGGUGACAGACAGUCCGACCGGCCAGCUGGCGGUAAUCGGAUCCCCUUCCGGUCCUACAGACAGACGAACAGACGGACAGUAGGCGCGCCUGCCGCCUACAUGAGGUAGCCAGAAUAGAGGAAGGAACCGUGCCUGUCCGUCAGAGAGACGAAAACGCGGCAUUGUGAUAAUAAAGUGUCGCUGCGUUGUAAUUUGUCCUCUAGCAGGAAACGUAUUGUUUGGUUUACUUGUGUUCCCAUUGGUUGUGUACGGGUUUUGGAACGGCAUUUUCGGAAAGUAGCUGUGAUUCAAGGGGAAUGCAUGUCCGUGUCACGUGUGGGCAUACGCCGCUCUUCCUUUAAUUGAUUUGGAUGUAUGUACCUACAUUUUCAAAGGAAUCAAACAACUGUUAUACAGUUCUCGGAGAAUGAUUCAAGUGCCUAUUGUGUUACGCGGCAAUACGUUUCAUGGCCUUCUUCAUUGUGUGCUUUUCUGCACUAUAUGCCACGAGUGUGAGCGCUUUUUAUUCCAUGUACAUGUAGGUGUGUUUGUAUAAUUACCUUAUAAUUAUUUUACUUUCGACUUACCUAUGUAUGUGAUUCGCUGAUAUCAAUCGUGCAGAACUUCACUUGUACUUAUCCAGGGUUUUACCUGAUACACGUCCACCGCACAUGUACCCUAGAAGAUAAUAUACCUAACAUAUUUUAUGACA